AUGUCCAUCGUCAGCGUUGUCCUCACCCUUUUCGUCCUUACUCUCACCGCCUUCGCUCAAGAAGAGGAUCACUCCCAGCAUAUUGCCCCCAUCGUCAACAAUAACCCUCAAUCUACCGCCUUCCAAGCACUUCUGCAGUACGGCAGACCUGUUCAAGGCCUUGUCAUUGCUGUCUCCAGUGAGAAUGGCACAGGUGUGAACUUCUCAAUCAACCUUUUUGAUUUUCCAUCCGCAGAAGAUGGUCCUUUCAAAUACCAUAUCCACGAGUUUCCCCUCGACACUGAAGGAAAUUGUACCUCCGCAGGUGGUCAUUUGACUCCGUAUGGUCGCCAAGACACUCCUCCUUGUGACAAUACUGUUCAAGAAACUUGCCAGCCGGGCGACCUGAGUGGCAAACACGGUGGUAUCUCCGAUACCGCGGAUGGCAACACUUUCCAGGCCACUUUUCUCGACCUCUAUCUAAGCACCGAUCCAAACAGCGUUAGCUUCUUUGGAAAUCGAUCGAUUGUAGUCCAUGCAAACAACGGCACAAGACUGAAUUGUGGAAACUUCACCCAACAGGUGGCUGAUAGCGGAGGUGGACAAGGUGGUGAUAGCGCUGGAAAUGGAAGCAGACCGAAUGGUAAUGGCCCAGAGAGUUACAAUCCGGUCAAUGGAGGCAAUGGAGGAGGCGGAAACCAUACAGGUCCGACCUUGGCAACACCUACAGCUGGUGCAACCAGACUGUCGCUGUUGUCUUGUCUUGCUUGCAUGACACCAGUGAUCUUGCCGUUGUUGCUGUGGUCUUUGGAUGACAUGUUCUGA